AACAAUGACUUACUAUAAUGACACACUGCCCUCCACCACCAGCAGCACCUCAGCAACGGGGACAUAUUUUACGUAUCAUAUACCAGGCAUGGAUAUUAAUCCAGGACCCUAUGUCUUCACACUAGUCAGUCAAUUUUUGGGCAUGAUAACGCCCGAUGAAUUACCCUUAGGCCAAAUUAGACAAUUAAUUUACUCAAAUUUAACUAUAAUAGAAUUUGCCACAAAUGCCAUCAAAACGGAAUCCGGUUUUAUAGCUCUCAUGAGUAUUUUUAUGAUUUUGGCUUUGGUGCCCAUAUUGGCAGCAUGUGCCUGGUGCUGUUGUCGUCGUUCACCAGCCGAAGUAAUGGAAUAUUCACGUCAUGCUCCCGUAAUAAUGAUAGAUGAUGCCUUGGAGGAUACAUUGCAAUGUCGUAAAAAAGCCUCAAUAACAACCAUGUGGAUAGUUUUCAUAUUAUUAAGCUUAAGUGAUUUAUGCAUUUUUUAUGCCAACAGUCGUUUGGCCACCACCGUUGAAAUGACACCCGAAAUGAUUAAGUCCACCGUCCAUGAUAUGGAAGUUUUUCUAAAGGAUACACAUUUGCAAAUAAAACAUAAACUUGAUAAUGGUUUUCAUGUUUCCGUUGAAAAAGUUGUCAAAGAUUUGGAAGAUGUGGAUGUUUUGCUAGGAGAACCCAUUCAAGCGGAAAUUUCAGCUCAUACUGGCAUUGAGUUGGCCUAUGAUUCGUUGGCAACCUUAAGCCUGGUGAAUGCGGAACUUAUCUAUCGUGUUCUCAUGCUGCAGGAGACAGUGGGGCGAGCUUUGAAAUUGGCACAGGAGGCAGCUGCUCGCAUGGAAGAGCUGCAAAUACAAUUGUCGGUGUUGCAACGUCAGUGCACGUAUCGUGAUCGGCCACUGUGUGAUACAUUGCGUAUUAGAAGCUUUGAGGAGAAUGGUAUUAUUGAUGCUCUUAAAACGUUGCAAGAAGAUCAAGCCAUAUUUCGGAUGCGUUAUUUGGGUGAAAUUGAAUUUGGUGCAACUGUUAAGAAUUUAUCAUCCGAAGUGGGAAUGUCACGUUCAAUAUUUAGCAAUUUUCCUCAACAAGUUAAACUGGAUACAGCAUAUGAAAGAAAUUACACCCUUGAACAAUUGGAGAGCAUACGUCAUCGCACCACGGCCAAUGCACAAAUGUUAACGGCGACCAUAAAUGCCCUGCUCGAACGUUUAAAAAACAUUUGGUCUGAUGUCGAGCCACAGUAUGUCAAAUUACAGGACUGGUCAAAUAUCUAUUGGACAAUUGGCUGGGUGGCAGCCAUGGCCAUUGUCUGGAUACUGCUCUUUCUGCUCAUGUCCUACUGUUGCUUCCUGUGUGAGGCCAAUAUUAAAGCGGGUGUGGUGCUUUUUGUUGCUGUCAUUAUUAUAUGUUUAAGCAGUAUUUGUAUAACAAUAUAUGGUGUUAUCUCCCUGGCCAUAGGGGGUAAUGCGGAAAUAUUUCUUUGCCAGCCCAUGUAUGAUGAUGGGGGAAGUGGUAUGUCUACAGCAGGCAUAACAACAGCCGUUUCAACGGAUAUUAAAUGGAAGAUGAAUGGUGUUAGUGGCAAAGAUAAUAAGAACAUAAAUGCCUACGAUAUGCUGGGUAAGUUAUUCGAUAAACCGGGUUAUGUUUAUUUACACGAACCGCAAACGGGCAUUAUCGGUGAACUUUUACGACCGGAUGGAGUGAAUCAUUCAAUUGUAAAUGUUAGCUUGGCAACAGCUUUAAGAGGAUGUGAAAAAAAUGAAGCAUCGUACAAUGUCUUUCAAUUGGAUGCAUUCGUGAAUACAACAGCUAUUUCCGAUAUAAAACAAUUCCCCAAAGUCACCCAGGCCAUUGAUGCCAUCGAUGUUUCGGAACGUACUUUACUGUCGUUGACACAGACAAUACAAACCAUAUUGGAGAAUAUGUUACAAAUGUCAUCGUUUAAUUUAACCACAUACCGUACGACAAUAGGAGCACCCACGCCCGAAAAAGAUUUGGCUACUUUUAUUGAUCAAAUGCAAAGAGUCGCAUUGCAGAUACAAGAUGUGGCCACAUCCUCACGUAUGACAACUCUCGGCAGUCGUUCGAAACGUUUGCAAGCCUCAAUACUACAACCACUCGAACAGUUACAAAAUGAAAUUUUAUACCAUUUGACUGCAUUGGAAUUGCAGAGGGAUCCGUGGGCCAAACAGGUCAAUCAGACCCUGAAUCAUUUGCGCAACAUACAAGAGUAUUUGGAGAAGAUGGCGGGAGAAAUAUGUGACAAUCAAACACGUAUUUAUACAGAAAGACUGAAAACCUAUUUGAGCAACGAUAAGGCCACCAUGUCUUCCCAGCUGGGUGAAACGACUGCCAGAUGUCGACCAUUUUUUGAUAUAUUCGAUGCAAAUCGCAUAUUUCUUUGUCGAAAUAUGAUAGAUUUUGUGAAUGCUUUAUGGUUUUUUACCUUUCUAACCCUACUAUUGUGGUCCAUUGCCACACCGGUGGGUUUAAAUCUUAUAACUUUACAGAGGAAAUUGAAUAAUUUACGCAUGGCUAAGCUGCGUGCUGCCGAGCGAGCUACCGAGAGGGGUGAUUCAUUUAGUCGCGGACGUAGAAGAGAUCGUGGCCGGAGUGCAUCGCGUGAAAGAGAUAGAGAUCGCAGUACCAGUAGUACGGGUAGAGCCAGGCCAACAUUACAACGAACUGCCACCGAGGAGACACUUGAUAUAGACACUUUAAACGACACACCCUCACAACGAGCCCAAAUGGGUCGCGAAAGGGAACGAGAACGCGAACGUGAGCGUUCUCGUGAACGAGAGCGAGAACGUGAGCAUGAACGAUCUAGAGAACGAGAUCGUGACCGCGAACGACAGAGCAGAAGUCGUGAAGUGUCACAGGACAAAUUAGGCGGUCGUAAAGGAGGACAAUUACGUCGUCAAGGCACUGAAGAAGAAAGUUUGGAAUCAGGCCCUAGUCGAGCGACUUCCUAUGAACGAGAAGAUAGUCAGUCACGUGGAAGAAGUAGUAGUGCCCAGCAGAGACAGCAAAGACCACAGCAGCAGCAGCAACAACGUUCCAGAUUUCAACAGCCACCUCCUUUACGUCGCCAAGGUACCGAAGAAUUUGCCAUAGACGAUGGCGGUACCUGGCAGUCACCUUCGCAAACUGGACGUGGCCGCAGUGAGCCACGCCGUGGCGAGGGACGACGCCAGAUGGAUCAAAACGAACCCCAGCGUGCCAGACGAUCGAUAACACCUGUACUACCAGUACGAGCGGAUGCUCAGCCGGCCCAACCAAAGCCCAGAACACCAACCCGUCUAAGAAGUCGAGUUUCACUGACCAGUCGGGCUGUGAAGAAUAUUGUGCAAAGUCGUGACAGCCGCGGUCGGGGAUUACAACGUCAGAGUACUGAGGAUUUUGACUUGGAAGAUGAUAAUAGUUAUGGAACUUCAAGAAGUGCUUCACAGGCCGUUCAAGCGGCUCGUCGUACACCACCACGUUCGGCUCCACCGCCACCUCCUCCACCCUCUAACAGAUUCAAAGCGAGUAGUGCACGCAGCGUACGUUGGCAUGCCGGUGACGAGGAAAUGGUAUUCGAAGAUUGUGAUUCUCCCAAUCCCAUGUACAUGAGUCAUGAUCUCAACGAUUAGAGAGGAAGAAAAUAAACGCUAAAGUCGAGUUCGUAUUAAAAAUUUAAGCAUUAUU